AUGAAAUCAGAUAUAAAACUUCCAUAUUUAGAUCACCAACCUCUAAAACUCAAUCCUAGCUACAAGCUGAAGUUUUAAAAUCCUCUAAGAAUAUAAUAUAUAAGAUUUCUAGACAAAAGCGAUCUGAAAGAGACUGAAACUUUCUAUAUGAAAAAUUAUGCCAAAGCAUUUAAUGUACCAAUUCUUUGCACUUAUAGAGGGUAUUAAUGAUUAUCUAGUUAAGUCUUAUACCAAAACAAAAGGAGGAGAAGAAAAAAAUAUUGUACAAAAGACCAAAUUAUAAAUACUUUAAAGAGGAAGACUCUGAUUUGGAAGGCGAGUAAGUGCAGAGGAUAUUAUCGAUGAAAUAAUCUCAAAAAUAAAAGAAAGUGUUUGUUUCCGAAUGA